ACAAGACAAUACAUCUCUCAUUCUCUCUCCUCACAGUUUCUCUCUCCUGUUAUGCAAAGAAGAGGACGACUUUGGCUCCCUUAUUCUUCCUCGACCCACCCCUUCAAAAAUCUCAAACAAACACGGCCUUAGCAAAAGCUUACAAAUACAACUCUGAACUGUCGUCUAUGAUGGACUCUAGUCACCUGGAUGAAGCAGACAAAGGUUCACCAGAAACGUUUUCUGAUUCCUCUCUUUCCUCAGAUCCACCUGAUUCAAAUGAAAUAUUUGGAGAACCGUUGGUUCAUCCACGGGUUGGUGAUGAGUUCCAGGUGGGCAUCCCAUCUAUACGGAACAAGUGUGAACUCUUUCAGCUGAUGACAAAUCCAGCUGAUUCAGCAGGCAUUUUUUACUCUUCCCAUUCUCUAAUGGGACUCCCCUUACCAGUUAUGUGGAUUUGUAAUCAGGCAAAUGUAGUCAACCCUCUCUCAAAUGGGUUCGUGGAAUCUAAAAAGAAUGCAGGGAUGAGCCAGAUUUCUCCACAAAAAGAACCAAAUGUCAAAGUUGAUGUUCCGAAUCAAACAUACUAUCUCGUCCCUGGUCAAUCAAGGGCUUCGUGGAGUGAUUUUGAAGCUGAUUGCUUCCUUCUUGGAUUGUAUAUUUUUGGAAAGAAUCUUCUUCAAGUGAUGAGUUUUAUGGAGAGCAAGGGUCUGGGACAAAUCUUAGCGUAUUAUUAUGGCCGGUUUUACGGGUCUAAAGGAUAUCAUAGAUGGGCAGAGUGCCGAAAGAUGAGAAACAAGAAGUGUAUUCUCGGACAUAGAUUUUUUACAGGAUAUAGGCAGCAAGAACUCUUUGCUCGUUUAGCCCCUAGUCUCUCUGAAGAAUCCAAAACUAAUUUGUUGGAGGUUUCAAGGGCGUUUGCUGAGGGAAGGACUACAUUAGAUGAAUAUGUCUCCUCACUCAAAGCCUUGGUUGGCAUUCAUGGUUUAGUAGAAGCUGUUGGAAUAGGGAAGGGAAAGGAUGAUCUCACGACAUUCAUCUUGGAUAGCUCAAAAAAUAACCAGAUUCGGCCUGAAAUUCCUUCUGGCAAGGCCUGUUCUUCUCUUACCUGUGCUGAGAUAGUUAAGUUUUUAACAGGAGAUUUCCGUCUUAGCAAAGCUCGAUCAAAUGAUCUGUUUUGGGAAGCUGUUUGGCCUCGUUUAUUAGCAAGAGGAUGGCAUUCUGAGCAGCCUAGGGGUGAUGGUUAUGUAGGCUCGAAAAACUGUUUAGUUUUCCUUAUGCCCGGGAUUAAGAAAUUUUCACGAAGGAAGCUUUCAAAAGGAGACCACUAUUUUGAUUCUAUCAGUGAUGUCUUAGGAAAAGUUUCCGGUGAACCAGAGCUGAUUGAGCUGGAGUCUGAUGAAAUUAAACCUAGCAGCUCCAAGGUAGAAAAUGGGUGGGCCAUAGCAGUGAAAUCAGAGGAUGAUGAUCAAGAUUCUUUUGACCAUGAACGUCGUUGUUACCUAAAGCCUCGAGUUUCCUCAGAAGUUUCAAAUCUUUUCAAGUUUACUGUAGUUGACACCAGUCUGGCUAAUGAAGAAAACCCAUCCAAGGUGAGAGAACUGAGGAGUUUACCUCUUGGAGCUAAAACUAAAAGAUGUUCCUUUAGAAAAACUGAAAUAGGAGCAGAGGUAAAUACUGAUACUAUGAGAAAUGGUGUUCAAACCCCAAAUCUUUUCGCUCAAUCAAAAGAAUUAACGAGUGCUGAACCUACGGGAAAACCAGCUGAUGCGAAUCUACCAACAGACCACAAAUCGAGAACCAUUAAACAUCAAUUCAGUCGUCGUAUAAAAGCAGGCCCCACAGGCUGCACAGUGACAAAAAAGCGGAGGUUAGCUUCUUGUGUUGAGGCGGAGUUGACUUGUGUUUUGAGCUUACCAGCUAGAAGAAAGAAAAAGAUUGCUGCUGCUGCUUCUUCUAAACCUUUGAUGACAAACAAUGGUGUUACUUCUGGAGUGAGUCACUCUGACAGUGUGAAAGUAAUGUCUACAGAAUCAUUAGUUGCAGGAACUCAGAUUGAAAAGAGUAUCCAGGAUAAAUGUUUGACCCAUGUUAGUAGUUGUGAUGUAAUUUCCCAGGAAAAUGAAAAAAUGGCUAUAAAACAGAUGGUUAUUGACUUGAACUUGCCUCAGGUUCAUUCUGAACCUGAUAGAGAAGUUAUUCCCUUAUUGAGUUCAGCUGCUGUUGUGGCGCCUGUUAACUCAUUAGAGCAACAGCCAAGAAGGCAAAGCACUAGAAGUCGUCCACUUACAACCAAAGCACUUGAAGCUCUUGAAAUUGGGUUUCUGGACUCAGUAAGGUACAGUCGAAAGCGUUCUUCAUCUACAACACUAGAUCAAAAGUCAAAGCGCCCUCGUCAACCACGCAGCAAAAGCUCCAUGUUUCCUCCUGUUAUGGAUUUUGAGGUCAGGGAAGCAGCAGCUGGUGAGAAUGGUAAUGGGAAUGGUAUCCCAACUGUUAAGGCAGCUAUGACUUGUGAAUUGCUAGGGCUUCCAGAAACAUCCUUUAUGUGAAAUCUGAUGACUUUUUGUGAUACUAUCGUAAAACCCACCUCUGUGGAAACAGUGUUAUCUGCUGGUAUGUAGAAAUCAUGGGAAAAGAGUUAGAAGAAGUGUGAUUUCAGGACUCGUGAAGUCGUAUGACCAAACAUACCAUAAGUCAUAGCUCUGCUUGAUACUGUAUAUACAAACACACAAAGCAAGGAAUGUGGUAGGCUGAAAUUAGAGAAGUCAGUCAUGAGUUUGCAGAAGCGAAGGGAAGGGAAGGGAAGGGAAGGGAAGGGAAGGUGCAGUGGAAAUUAAUCUGGGAAGAAAUUGUCCGUUGCUAUUGGUUGAUAUAAUGUCAGCACAGAUAAAAGGAAAGAAGGAAUUUCUAUUUCUUUCAUACAUUCUGAUUGACAUUUCCUUUUGUUUCAGUCUCUUACAUUUGAAAAGUGUAGUGAGUAUUACUUUUGUCACAAAGUUUUCUUAUUCUUUUCUUUCAACAUUGUUGGUGGAGGACUGUGUUUAAAUAUAAUUGAUUGAAGCUCCCAUUGCCUUGGAGCUGUGCGUAGCUUACAA